CUUUUCUUCUUGCUUGAGCUUCUUCAAAUGCUUCAUCUUGAAAUAAGCGAUACCCAGAAAACAUCCAUGCAGUGUUUCAAUUGUAAUACGCAAAACACUCCACUCUGGAGAAGAGAUGAAGAAGGAAAUCCAAUAUGUAAUGCUUGUGGCCUGUAUUUCAAACUACAUCAUAUCCAUCGACCACUCAGCAUGAAGCGAGCUGUUAUUCAACGGAGAAGGCGCCAGCGAUCGAAAAUCAACGUUUCAACCUCAUCAUCUGAAUCUCAUACUGAUGAAGAGGACGAGGGGAACGCUCAUCCAGCCCCUCAUAGAAGACAUUCGGCCAUCGAAACUUCCCCUUUGGUUGGCCUUGGUAAGCGUGGGCCACAACAAGAAGCCAUGGGAGAAACCAAAAGGCCAGUAUACCUAAAGCCGCUAAAAGCAUCGGUCAACAAGACAUCAUCCACCCCAACAAGUCCAUCAGCUGAGCAUACCCAGUGUGGAGAAGCUCAAGUUAUCUCUAAACCCAUACCAAUGCGACCAAAUACUGCUUCUAAAAAUUCUUUGAUUACUCACAUCCCACGGAGUGAAGAACAGCAGCCAACCUCGCAAUUUAACUCGCAAGGAAUUCCAUCUCCUGUUUAUCAACCAUCCAAGGUUGAAAAUCCAACCCCAUUACCGCCAAUUGAGCUACCGCCGCUGAAAACGCUCCCACCGAUAAAUAGCCAGCAGUGCGAUCGAUUGAGCCGCCAUGAAAUUUUAGCUCACCGAAAGGAAUUGGAACAAGAGGCAAAACACUUGGAGUCACUUUUACAAAAGACUCGAUGCAUGAUCCGUGAUUUGGACCAUGCUCUGACGCUUCGAGACGAAGAUCAAGCCGAUAUACCAUCGCCAGCUCUAUCUAGUCCGACGCAAAUGGAAUCCAUGUCAUGUCGUACACUGCCUUCACCGUUCAGAGAUGCAUCACCAAACCAUCAUCGACAACCAAUCUCGUAUGCACGAGCAUAGCCCGCCCACAAUUCUCCACCUCUAUCACCGAAUGCCGCUUUUUUUUUUUUUUCAAAAAAACAAGCCCUCCCCCUCUUGCAUCCAUGGCCUCCACUCAAUGUCAAAUAAUAUCUUCAAUAACUCUUUUCAGACUCCUCUCAUCCACAAAAGUGCGAUCAACACAUUUUGCAUACGACUGUAUAGAAAAGCAAUCUCACAUCUCACCUUUUUAUAAACCUGACUCGCAUCCUUUGACCAAAUAUAUAAUCAUACAGUGACCCAUUUACAAAAAA